UAGCAGAAAAAAAAAAAAAAAAAGUUCAGUGGGACCCAAGGGAAGGCUCUUUUUGUAAGCCUGCAGGUGAGAGACAUCAGGGGCCAUGGAGACCACGAAAACAGACAGGAAACUAUCUACACGCGGUAUAGGCAGGUUUUGACCACAUAAGGUGAAGACCACGGCGGAAUCAAAGAAAGUGCCAGAGAACUAGAAGCUGGGGGUGGCCUUUGCUGAGACGGAGAGCCUAGGGCAGACAAGAAGCAGGUGCUGGGCAAGCUCAUGGGCUCCUGUUGAGAUGUUUGUUGGCAUUUCAAAAUGUCAGGGGAGGCACUUUGCCCAAAGUUGUGGAGUGUAGUAGCAUCGGUAGGGUUGGGUCCUUGGUGCUCUCCAGUGAACCUCUGCCUUCUGAGGUGAUAGCUGGAGCAAAAGGCCAUGCAGACGGAAAGCGGUUGGGGUGAUUACUCUGGUCAAAAUCUGGGCAGGAAACCCCUCUGCUGAGUCUUUGUAACAGAACUAUUGGGGUUGGAGCAAACAUCCGUCAUCCAGCCUGGGUCUCAGAGGAAGGCACAGGCAUGGGAGAGGCAGGGCGAGGAGACCGGGACCCGUGCCUUCUGGGAGGCCAGAGCAAUGUCCCCGAGCGUGCGAGAGGAGCCUGUGACCCAGAUGCCGCCUCCGCCUCGCCCCCGGCCGCGCCGCGUGGGAGGAGGCGGCAGCUGCGGGCCGGGCGGAGGGCGGGCGGCGGCGCUCCGGCCCGUGGGAAGCGGCGGCAUCUGCGCUUUCCACGCUCCUUCCCAGCGGCUAGCUCUGAAAUCCAACCCUCCCGGCCCGGCCUGGCCGCCGCUGGCCCGCGCCCUCAGUCAGCCCGCCCCCGGGAUCGGGUUGCAGGACCCGAGAGGGAGCAUCUCGGUUCGCGGUUCCCCGACGGUCGGCCGCCCGCAGAAGCAGAGGCUAGGCGAGCUACCCGCGUCCGCCAGAGGCUGACAGCCAGAUGGUCAGACCGCUGACCACCCCCAGCCCUUCACAGAUGCAAGCCCGGAAGAAACGCAGAGGGAUCAUAGAGAAACGGCGCCGGGACCGUAUCAACAGCAGCCUUUCUGAAUUGCGACGCUUGGUGCCCACUGCUUUUGAGAAACAGGGCUCCUCCAAGCUGGAGAAAGCCGAGGUCUUGCAGAUGACGGUGGAUCACUUGAAGAUGCUCCAUGCCUCUGGUGGCACAGGGUUCUUUGAUCCCCGAGCCCUGGCUGUUGACUUCCGGAGCAUUGGUUUUCGGGAAUGCCUCACGGAGGUCAUCAGGUACCUGGGGGUCCUGGAAGGACCCAGCAGCCAUGCAGACCCUGUCCGGAUUCGCCUUCUCUCCCACCUCAACAGCUAUGCAGCUGAGAUGGAGCCUUCACCCACAGCCACUGGUGCCCUGGCCUUCCCUGUGUGGCCCUGGUCUUUCCUCCAUAGCUGCUCAGGGUUGCCUUCCCUGAGCAGCCAGCUUGCCAUUCUGGGAAGAGUGCCUGGCCCUGUCCUUCCCAGUGUCUCUUCUCCCACCUUCCCCAUCUCAGCCCUCCGGUCCACUCCAGUGCACAGAGUGCCUGGCACCAUCCUGCCAGCCCGGAGGAAUCUGUUGCCCAGUCGAGGGGCAGCUUCGGCCCAGAGAGCCCGCCCUCCCGAGAGGCCGGCUGCCCCUCCGCCCACAGCCCCUGGUAGCAGGGUUGCCAGGAGCAACCACAUAGUCCCCAUCCUGCCGUCUUCUUCUCCGACAGCCCCUGGAGCUGGGAAAUCUGAUGACAGUGUGUCUGGGCCCAUCUCCAGUCCACCUCCUCUGGGGCCAACUGGGAGGCCAUCAGGAGCAGUGCUCUACCACUCGUGGGUCUCUGAAAUCACCGAAAUUGGGGCUUUCUGAGCUGACCCCCCUACAACCAUCCCCGAGGAAAGAGAAACGUUCCUAUUUUCCCCCCCGAGGAGCUCUGAAAAUGGUGCCACCUUUUCUGAUUUAUUUUCUAGGACGGCUUCUAUACAAAGACAUCUCUCCUCACCCAUCAGAGCCCCCGCCCCGCCCCCACCACCGACCCUGCUGCCCACCAGGCUCCCCUGUAGCCUUUUCAGAGCUCAGAGCCUUAGUCUCAUUCCCCACAGGCACAGAUGAGUUAAUGGUGCCUUGUGACCCCCUAGGCACUGUGGACCCAGUACACAUGGACCUUGGGUCUGGAGCCGAAGCUUUAAACUAAAGGAUUCCAUGGCCAGGGGCAGGCUGCUCACGCGAAGAGGUGGGACUCCUAGUCCUGAGGACUGGUGAGAUUCAGCCAUCCCAGGCCAGCAGGAGGGAAUGUACUGUCCGCUUCACUUCCUGAAGACAGAAAUGAAGCAGGGGCUAUUGAGACAUCUCUGCAGCCCACCCCGUAACAGUGAAAAGCACAGGACAGAUCUGUUCAAUACAGCUAAGGCCUGCAACCACCGUCAUCCCCACUUCAGAUGCCUGCAUGACCAUCCACUAAGGCUUGACAAGCCGGGUCAGGAGGAUUCUCCACAGCAGCAAAGCUCUGUGGCAGGAUAUCCCUACCACCAGGUCUCCACAGCGCUUCAGACAGAAGCCAAGGCUGAGAGAGCAUGGGGAGAGCCCAGCUGCCUUUCUCUUGGGUACUGUCCUCCAGGACUAUGGCCCUUCCCACAGGGUCCCCAGUGUGGAGGACCUGUGGCCAUGAUGGUGGCACCCCAAGAGGCAUUCUCUUGGGAUUGAGCACCAGACAUGUGAGCUGCCCGGUUUGCAUCCAGCUCCCAGAGCCCAGACUGCUGGCACAGCCAAGGGCCGUCAGGCUGGAUAAAAAUAACUUGGAGGAGGGGGAGAACAGGCAGAGGCGGCUGGGCUCUUCAAGGUCAUGCAGUGGGUCGAGGGCCUGAGAGCCUGCUCACCCAGAUUUCACACAGCUGGCACCGCUCAGAGGCCACCUCACUCCCCAGCUCCGCCUCGGGCCCCUUGCCUCUCUAAUGGGAGUAAAUGGCCAGUGGAACAGCAGAGGCUGAAAGGACAUUUAGGGUUGCCCUAUCAGUAAACAAAGUGUGGAAACCUUUCUGUCCUCUUUGGUGAGCACCUGCUCCCCACAGUGCCAUCUGGGAACACCCUGGUCAAUGCCUGGCAAAACCAAGAUUGUGGGAAUCUGGAGCUGGUUGUUCACUGACGCUGGGGCCCGUGAUGAUUGUGAAAUGCGAGGUCAUCCUGGAAAGCCUCCAUUCCCCCCUCCCCAUCCCAGCGUUUGAUGGAACCAUAGUCCCCAGAGCUGUAGUAAGGAGCCUGUGGGCACAAAAGUAGAGUUUACAAAACCCUGGGAGCAAAAGGGUCAUUUCAGAAAAUUGGGACAGAGGGCAGAGGUCACCUGAGUGACCCAGAGAGUGCUUGCGACUAGGUCAAGAAGAGAUAAAGACUGCCUUCAUUUCUUAGUGGAAGCAAGUUCUUUAAUCUGGCUGCCAUAUUGGACCCAUCUGAGGGCAUCCCUGUGGAGUGCAUCGUCAGCCCAUUGAGACACAGGUACAGAGAAGGUAGAAGAGUCAUGAGGCUCCUGGGGUGGGGACAGGUGAUAGAAGUCCCUCGAUAUUAGGGUCUUCUUACUGCAGGCCUGCAGUUUGGCAGCCUCCUAGCCAGAGAUUCGGUGUUCACUCAUAGCUGCGCCAUGGGAAACACAUUUCCCCGUUGCAGGUACCUGAACUACAAAGCAGUCUGUUGACACCAUGGAAACACGGCAGAAACGGCUGAGCCCUUUGAGCAUCCAUCCUGGUGGGUCUUGGCUUCCUUCUCCCAGGAGACUGGGCAGGUCACACACACACACACACACACACACACACACACACACACACACACACACACACCACACACACCACACACACACACACACCCAGCUGAGUACUCAAGUCUCCUGUUUCUAGUCCCAACCCUUUCUGGUGGCCCCACUGCAAGGUGUUGCGGGCAGGCAAUAAAGAUGUUUAGUUCUGGAAACUUCCACCACCAAACCUCCACUUCUACUUCCUGAAUGUUUCUGGACUCUCUGGACCCAGGGUCCAGGCCUGGCAUUGUCCCCUCUCCCCUAGCCUAUUACCCGGCUUCCUGGCUUGGCCCUGGCUGUGCCAGUCAGUUCUCAGCCGGCACUAGAGAGAAUGUGGCAUGUACAUCAUAUCAACCCAGCCUGAACCCCAGACACGCCCCCACCACACACCCUGUUAUUCUAAUGAUAAAAAUCAGAGCUCUUUUUAAAUCCUAUCCUGACUUCCAGCCUUGUUUCGUGCUGACCCCAAACUUGCUCCGUGUUUAUGCUACACAGGCCUGUUCUCAUAUCCCCAGCAUUCCAUCCUUAGAGCUUCUCUCAUGAGGUUUCCAGAAUGCUCCUCCCUUCACCUUGCAUGGCCUACUUCAGCUCCUUAGGCCUUGCCUUCCAUGUCACCUCCUCCUGGAGGCCUUCCGGGACUAAAGUGCUUGAGUAGCUCAUUCUUCUCGAAAGUCCCAAUUGGUUCCCUUCAUGGAGAGUUUGCUAACGCAUGCCUGCUUGUGUGUUUAUCGGUUAGGUAUAUUCCCUACUGGAAUGUCAGUUCAGUGAGGCCAGGGACCACACCUGGCCUGUGCUCUCAUCUAUUCCCACCACUGAGCACAAUGCCUGCUCAUCAUCACUGUCCUAUGAACUUCUGCUGACUCCAUAGAUCAAGGAGGUGAGAAGGCUUCUGGCUUCCUGUGUGGCUGGCACAGACCCCGAUGAGGGUGGAUUCCACCCUUACUCCCACUGGCUGGCGUUUAGAUGAGAGAGGAGAGCCAAGGCCGAGGGACUGGGCGUUCUGGCAGAAUGGUCAGAAGUCCCUGGCCAGAGGAGAGGCAAGCGUCUUGGCCCCGGAGUGCAUGCUGACAGCUGAGCCUGCCAGCAUGUUUGUUCUUUGCUCUUGGCCUAGCUCCAUAAUGCAUCCAGCCCCCAACAAAUCCAACGUUCAUGGAGAUCCAGCCUGUGCCAGCCAGGCCUGGCAGAGCCAAAGGUAUCAAACACACAGUCACUCAGAGGGCAGCGUACCCUCUGCCUAGAUAAGAUGGGCAUGGAAAGAUCUCUGGAGAAGGCUGAGGGCUGCAGCGUGGGUGUGCUUUUCUGGCUUCUCUGGGAGGGGCCCUGGAAGGAAGCCCUCCUGGAGGAGGACCAAGGGACUCCCUUGCAGAGAUCUGGAGGUUCACCCAGGAAGCUACCGAAGCAGGCUUGGAGCUGAGCGCAGUCCCUCAGCACAAGUGACAGAUGGGCUAGCCUGAGCUCUGAGACUCAUCUUCCUCAUUACACACUUGUUAACGGGAAGUGAUUUUCUUCAAGUUCUUUGCCCUUCUUGAACUUAACAUUUUCAUUUGUAAAAUGGCCAUGAUGCAAUAAUGGCUACCCACAAAUGUGCACGUGCAUACACACAAAUAAAGAUUUAAUAAAGCUGA